AUGAUGCUUAGAGUUUCAAAGAAACUCAAGGAACUCAAGAGAAUUAUUAGAGCUUUCAGCCGAGAGAAUUACUCGGGAAUUGAAAAAAGAGUAACUGAAGCUUUUGAAGAGCUCUCUCAGUGUCAACAGAUUGUUUUGUCUUCUCCAACGCCAACGGCGAGCUUAAAUGAGAGAAUUGCUCAUGACAAAUGGGUCAACCUUGCUCGGGCGGAAGAGUCAUUCUUUUUCCGGCGGUCUCGUGUAACAUGGCUUGACAAAGGAGAUGCUAACACUACCUUUUACCACCGCCAGGAUGAUUAUGGUAAUGUGGUUAAUUCGAAGGAGGAUAUUAUGAACCUGGUUGUGUCGUAUUACGAGAAUCUAUUUGGCGGUGUCUCUCCUUCCACUGACUCUUCUCUGGAGGACUUAUCUCAGUUAAUCUCCUACAGAUGCUCCCCUUCAGUUAAGGAAUCGCUGGAAGCUCCGUUUACAAGCUUGGACAUCCAAUCAGCUUUUUUCUCUUUACCGAGGAACAAAGCGCCGGGUCCGGAUGGCUAUCCAGCAGAGUUUUUUACUCAUCAUUGGAAAGCAGUGGGGCCUGACUUGUUUAUGGCUAUCCAGGAAUUCUUCUCCUCAGGGAAAAUGUUACAGCAGUGGAAUGCAACCAUUCUAACUCUCAUCCCCAAGAAGAAAAAUGCAGUGCUUGUCUCUGACUUUAGACCAAUUUCAUGCUGCAACACGGUGUACAAAGUCAUUUCCAAGCUACUUGCAAACCGGCUGAAACAAAUACUUCCGUCAGUAAUCUCGAAUACUCAAUCUGCAUUUAUUCUGGGAAGACUACUGGUGGAAAAUUUUCUUAUGGCCACCGAGCUUAUUCAAGGUUACAACUGGAAAAAUAUUUCCAAGCGCUCUCUUCUCAAGGUUGAUCUGAAGAAGGCAUUUGAUUCUCUUAAUUGGGACUUUAUUUUGAUGCUUCUCAAGGCGCUUUGUUUCCCUGAAUCUUUCAUCAACCUGAUUGCUCAGUGUAUCACAACAACCAGGUUCUCAGUUUCGGUAAAUGGCGAGCUAGGGGGAUAUUUUAAAGGUUCUCGCGGCCUGCGUCAAGGUGACCCCCUCUCCCCAUAUCUCUUUGUCCUAGCUAUGGAAGUGUUCGCACAGCUCCUGAACAAGAACUUUGUAAAUGGUGACAUUGGCUACCAUCCAUCAGCGAAUGAUCCGGCUAUCUCUCAUCUAGCAUUUGCGGACGACAUAAUGGUUUUCUUUGAUGGAGAACAGAGCUCUCUUCAGCAAAUAUCAGCAACCCUUCAGAGCUUUGCUUCUUGGUCGGGCUUACAUAUGAACAGGGCCAAAACUGAACUGUAUGUGGUGGGGUUGAGCCAGACGGAAACCGCAGAUUUGGCAAGUCUUGGCUUCUCUCUGGGAUCACUUCCUGUCCGCUAUAUUGGUCUCCCUCUAAUGCAUCGAAAGCUCCGUAUCUGCGACUACAUGCCACUUAUGGACCAGCUUAAAAGGGCUGUAUUAAGGCUAUUGAAUCCCUAUGUUCUCGGUUCCUCUGGAAUGGAAACAUCACUAGUAAAGCGGCAGCAAAGGUUUCUUGGAAUGUGUGAGUCUGAGUCACUUUGGGCCUCCUGGACUAAACACCACCGACUUAAAGGACUCAGCAUUUGGAGCUUAGAUGAAAAGAAGCAGGGGUCUUGGAUCUGGAAAUCUAUUUUGAAGCUCAGGCCACUUGCUGAAAAUUUCCUAAGGUGUGAAGUUGGCAAUGGGGAGCAAGCCAGUUUCUGGUUUGAUUUUUGGCUACCGAUAGGCCCUCUGAUUAACUUGCUGGGUUUUGACGGACCGCGGCAACUUGGUGUCCCCAUUCAUGCCAAAGUGGCAGAUUGUUGCUCCAACACUGGUUGGAUUCUGAGACCAGCAAGGUCUCCGCAGACAGAGCAGCUCCAUAUCAUCUUGUGCUCCGUCCAGCCUCCUUCACAUUCAUCAGUGCGAGACUGCUACAAGUGGUACGUUGAUGACCUCUACUUAGACUCUUUCAACACUGCUAGAACUUGGGAAUCUGUUAGAGAUAGGUCCAGUACUGUUGAUUGGGAAUCAGUGGUUUGGUUGGUGGCCACGUUCCAAGACAUGCCUUCCACAUCUUGGGACCACAACGUUGAGAAUUCUUGUCUCCUCUGCAACGGGCUGGACGAAAACAGAGACCAUCUUUUCCUCCGCUGCAGGUUUAGUGAGCGUCUUUGGAAAAUGAUCAUUCGAAGGCUUGGCUAUCAACCCUUCUUAUUCCACACUUGGACAUCGCUUAUAGAAUGGCUUCGCAUGAAGGAUUCUACUUGCCCUCAGACUCUGCGUAAGCUGGCUGCUCAUGCAGUCAUCUAUCACCUGUGGCUUGAGAGAAACAACCGUUUGCACAAUGCAGUCUUCUCGUCUACAGACCGCAUCUUCAAGGACAUAGAUCGUCAUAUCAGAAACACGAUCCUAGCAAGGAAGGGGAGGAAGAAGUUCCAUUCUCUUAUGUGCACUUGGCUGAAAUUCUCUUAG